GUAACAGAUUUCAGAUUGAAAGUUCUGCAAGGCGGUACCACGAAGAAGGACCUCGUGACGUCGCUAUCGGUUGCAAAGGAAGAUUGCAUCGCGCGUCUAAUCACUUCUGGGAACAAGCCCCAGUCUGAGGAAGAAGCUGAAUUGACAACGAAUCCUAUGAUACGACACAUAGACCCACAUUUCAUUAUACACCCGCAGGCUUUACCGGCAAGCGAAUUAGUCCAUCUCUUGAAAGCGGACGUGCUUCAAGCAACCACCAAAGCCGAGCAAGAGCCAAACAUCACCAGGGAAUCACAAGCGGAUCAAUCGGUGGAUAACACUUCAGGAAACGGCAAGUAGCUUCCACUGAUAUAAUCAUGUCGGUUGAGGCGC